GGGGCGGGAGGGGGAGGGGAAAACUGGAAAACGGGGAGGCUCGAAGCUCCCUUGGGAGGCGGCCAUUUUCCAGUCGGGCUCCAUUAAGGUUCACCCGAUGUUCUGGCUUUUACCUCCUUCGACGGGAGAGUCCCAGGACCCCUCUCCAUUGAAGCGAGAGGGAACCCGGGACCCUUUAAUAAGAGAAGCCCAGCUUCUUUCCUCGGAGGCGAAGGCAUCCUCGCCUAGACCUACAGCGGUACAAGGGCUGGGGGACUAAUUUAGACCCCACUGUCGCCAGAGUCAGCUCCUCCUACUACAUGAUACGGUCUAGGGUCAGCGGCCGUAGCGGAGGAGGAUGGCAAGAAAUGAGGCCUGGCCCUUUAAGUGCACGAGUUGCGGGGCGGGGACUUCGGGCGGAAGCUGCGCCCGUGAAGGGCGGAAGUGGAGCCUUUGGCACAGUAGUCAUGGCUCAGGACGGGGAAGACGUGAGGGACUACAACCUGAAUGAAGCGCAGAAGGCGAUCAAGGCGAAGUACCCCCCAGCCAUCCGGAAAUACGAGUAUCUGGAUCACACAGCUGAUGUACAGUUACAUGCUUGGGGAGACACAUUGGAAGAAGCAUUUGAGCAGUGUGCGAUGGCCAUGUUUGGUUAUAUGACAGACACAGAAACUGUGGAGCCGCUCCAGACGGUUGAGGUGGAAGCUGAAGGAGAUGACCUGCAGUCUCUUCUCUUUCACUUUUUGGAUGAGUGGCUUUAUAAAUUUAGUGCUGAUGAAUUCUUCAUACCUCGGGAAGUGAAAGUACUAUCUAUUGACCAAAGAAACUUCAAAUUACGCUCAAUUGGGUGGGGAGAAGAGUUUUCUUUGACCAAGCACCCUCAGGGGACUGAAGUCAAGGCAAUAACAUAUUCAGCGAUGCAAGUCUAUGAUAAGGAGAAGCCAGAAGUUUUUGUAAUUAUUGACAUUUAAAGCACAAUGAAAGUACUUCUAAGAAGAACUGUUGUUUCUUUUUCCUUGGGGGAAAACACAGUGAUUGACCUAAAAAAGGAGAGAAAGAAAAAGGACAGAUAUGGAUAACUAGCCUUCUUACAAGAAACUGAAAAUUUGGGGCACAGAUGUAUUCUGUCCUCUCUUCAAACUUGGAGAAAAAUUCAGGUGGCACAGUAUGUUUCCUCAUUUAUGAAUUAUUGGCUAACGUAGCAGGAAAUUUAAUCUUCCCUACCCCUACUAUUGCUGUGGAAGCAUACUAGCCCUAUGGGCUUUUCUAUAUUUUCCAUUUUUUGAAAACGGGUCAUUGAGAAGAUAGGUUUCAGUAAAUUUUGCUUUUUAUCCAAUUUGCUAAGAUAAUUUUAAGUUACACAUACGAAACAGCUAAAUGAUGGGCUGCUGUGAGGUGCUGUGUCUCUUGUACUCUAUCUGGAUUCAUUUUUAAAGAAAUGGUUAUAGUUGCACUAUAAAAAGACUUUUUUUCUUGAAAAAUUCACUGAAACAUUUUGA